UUGUAAUUCUUGGAGAAAUUUUAAUAAACAAUUAAAUAAUUUGCUAGUGAAAUAAAACAUAAUUUAAACAAUUCAAUGGCCAAAUUACAGUAUAGUGGUGUUAUUGUCACAAUAAUAUUAGCACUGACAAAUAGCUCCCAUGCCAUACAGGCACGCAGUGACCGUGAACAACAAGUUUCUGGAGCUGUGGCCUCAUCCCGUACCGCAGACAAUACCAAUGUCUAUCAUCAUUGGGGACCCAAGGUUUUAUGUUCCAUGUUACCCGAUGACUUUAUCGAGUGCAACAAACCCAUUGACCAUAAACUUAAUAAAACUGCCAAAGAGGAAAAAGGUUUUGGUUGUUUAAAAUUCGGUGGUCUUAACUAUGAAGAUGUGGAGCAUACGUCUGUACAGUGUACUGUCUUCCCAGACAUUGAUUGUCAUGGCCCUAGAACAUUUCAACGCGGUGGUGUACCUUGCAUACGUUAUUCCGAACAUUAUUUCCUCACCACUCUGCUGUAUAGUUUGCUUUUGGGUUUCCUAGGCAUGGAUCGUUUUUGUUUGGGACAAACUGGCACUGCUGUGGGCAAGCUCUUGACAUUAGGUGGCGUAGGUGUUUGGUGGGUGGUCGAUAUUAUUUUGCUGAUUACCAACCGUUUGACACCAGAGGAUGGCAGUAAUUGGAAUCCUUAUGUCUAGCAUAGGUUUUUGUGGAAACGAGAAGGCGGUACUGACAGUGUUGAUAGAUUCUAAGAAAUACGAUUGUGAUGUAUAUAUUUUGUAUGUAUUAUAAAUAUCCUUUAUAAUUUUUGCUAAAUAUCUAGUAGUUAAAUAUAAAUUAGUUGUUUAAGUUGUAUAAAAA